AAGAAGUUGUCAGAAACUCUGGAUACAUUAAAUGUGCAGUUGAUUCAGAAAAAAGAUGACUUUGAGGAAAGUAUGAAGUCCCUUGAACAAUCCUACAAUACAAUUCUGGAAGAAAUCAAAGCUUUACGCAAAAAAAUCAAUGUGUUGUUGGACGAACUGGAGAAAAAUACUAUUAAGGAGUUGGACCCACUUCUGGCAACCAUGAAGAAGUCAAUUCAAACAGACAUUGACAACUGCACAGAGUCCAUCAAACAUAUGACAUGUGUGCAAGAAGAUUGGCUGAGAAGAAAAGACAAAAGUGAAGCAGUGAAUUUUAUCAUGUAUAGGAAAUGCCUUGACCAGUCCCUCAGAACUAAAACACUUUUACAAGCUAAGACAACACAGAAUGAGAGGACACUGACCUUUAAUCCUGAUACAACCAUCCAACAAACCCUGUCGACGCUCAUGGGAUUAGGACAAAUAAUCACUAAAGUGAAACAAACACAAACUGCUAAAAUCGUAACACAAUACACAGAAACCAGACAAGAAAAGCCUAACCCUUGCAACACAGUUCCCAUUCAACAUCGCCAUACAAGUGAUGCAACCAAACAAUCAGUGAUAUGUGAUCCCAACCAAGUCAUCAGGGUGGAAAGUACCGGUAGUAAAAUGUAUUCAGUCAGAGUAAAGACUGACAAAAAGUAUAUCUGUACAUCUGGUGUCUGUGAGACAGCCACUGGAAAACUACUAAUCACAGACUAUUUUAACAACAGUGUAAAGCUCCUGAAUCAGAACUACAAGGUGGUGGCCCACUGAGACUUGCCUGCUAGACCACUUUCCAUGUGCAACAUUGACUCAAGUCUUGUGGCUGUUACUCUGGAUAACAGAGAGGUCCAUUUCAUCAGAGUGACCAAUGAUCAGCUGGUAAAGGACAAGGUACUGAAGCUCCAACAUGAGUGCCAUGGUAUUGCCCACCACCAGGGUAACCUGUACAUUACAGAUGAUAGUGCUCUGUAUCGCUUUACUGUGGAAGGAAGACUGGUGAGCAAGAUGUAUAAAGAUACAGGUGGAUGUUCAGUUAGAAGCUGUGCAGUGAGUCCAGAUGGAGAAAGGAUAUAUGUGGCCAACUGGGACAGUAACCAGCUGGUCACACUGUCCAGAGAUGGCACAGUAAUCUCCAGAUUCACUGACCCUAUACUGAACGAGGGAUGCGGAGAUGUCCGACCUGGCCUCCAUGUGACAGACUCAGGACAAGUUCUGGUGUGUGGAGGCAGGUCCCACACAAUCAUCCAGGUGGACAGGGACGGGCGACAGAGACUGGCAGAAGUGAUCACACGGAAGGAUGAUGUGUUUUACCCCGGAGUAGUCUUCUACAGUAAACACACAGGAACAAUCAUUGUGGGAGAUUGGCGCAAUGAAAGCAUUAUGGUGUUUAAGGCACAGUGACUGUUGGAGUAGGAUGAUGUUCAGUUAUUACAAUUUAUAUUAUUAUCCAUACAGUUGCCAUUUAAAACAGUUGUACAGGUUUGUAUACACUACAUAUAAGACACAGUGACUGCUGUAAUAAGACAAUAUUUUCCUUUAUAAAUCUAGUACAAAUUUCUAAUGAGGUAUUAUUGUCCCCUACCGGUUUCACCGGAGAGGACUUAUGGUUUGCGCUCCGUCAGUCAGUCUAUCUGUCAGUCUGUCCGUCACACUUUUUUAAAGCCAUAUUAAAAGUUUUGAACCCAAUAGAAGGCCGGAUCUUGAAUCCAAGAUCACCUGCAUAUCAGAGUCUUCAAGCCAUUAUCCAAAUUGCCAACUUAAAUUUAAGAGACAUGAAGUGUUAAACUACAUAUAGUUUCAUCUUUCCUAUAUGUAGAAAAUCAGCAUGAACUUGAUGAGCAGUACAUAUUUCAAUAUAACAACAUGUUAAAUUUGUAGUUUGUGGAAACUCAAAUGUUUUAAAAAUUGGAUGCCACAUUUUCAUGGACACUUCUUUAACUGAUCGUUUUAUAGUGACAAUGGCUUUUCUAAUCCCAAUUUUUGACACUUUUAAACAGAUAUAAUUCACUAUUUUUUGUGAACCAGAAAUCCAAAAUUUGAAGUUGAAUACUGUUAUAGUAAGCACGCAAUCAUUAACAAUUUCUGCAGUUAUAAAUAAAAGACAAAUUGCUGAACAUUUUGUUAAUAGUUCUUAUCCCUGUUGAAUAUGAUUAUGAUUUUGUUUUUCAUGGCAUAUUCAAUCAAGACACAACGUCUUGGUGAUUAAAAUCUUACCAUUUUAGUGUGAAGUUUCUUUUUUUUUAAUGCUGGAGUAGUCUUAGUAAACAUGUUGGAAAGAAUCAUAAUAAUAUAAACAAGACUAUUGCCAAGCAAUAUAUGUCCCCUACCAGCUUCACCAUUGUCAGAUUGUUUUUUAUUUGUUGCCAUAGCAACCAGAAUUUUUGACGUAGGAACGAAAUGAAAUGACGUGCAUAAUAUCCAUAUUGUUAUCUAUCCAUGUAAGUUUCAUGAACAAAUAUGAAAACUUUUAAAGUUAUCCCAGGAUCCAGAAGUGUGACGGACUGACAGACAGACACACACACAGGGCACAAACCACAUUGAGUCCCCUCUGUUGAAACCGGUAGGGGACAAUAAACUUAUUUCAAGAAGAAGAUAAAACUCGGAUAUAAGAGAACCCAGUUUAUUUCUAAAGCAGAUUAAAUUCUGUUGUGCCUAGAAGUAGAAGAUCAUUGAAAAUUUUAAAAGAAAUGGAAGAGGGAGACAGUUGUUUGUGAGAGUUGAAAAACAAAAAACAAGUUCUUGAUUGUGUUUAGAUUUUGUUCUUUACCAGUAAACUUCUUUAGUACAAAAUGCUCAUUUUGGUAUGCUUUUAAACAAUAUAUUAAUGGGUACUUGCAAUUAAGUACCAUUUAAGUAAUAAGACCAAAAAUUUCAUGAAGGGAAUUUUCUAUUCCCAAUUUGUUGAUUUUAUGCGCUACUUUUUCCCAAUUGGACCAGUACAAACACUUUUUCUGAAUUGGACACAAAAAAAAAUCACUGAAUACCCCUAUCCAAACUUAAGUUAUUAGGAACAAGCAAAUUCGUUGAAUAGAUAAUCUUCGCCAUAUAGAUUGUGUUAAUUGAUGGGUUCAAUCUUCGCCAUAUAGAUUGUGUUUGUGGAUGGGUUCAAUCUUCGCCAUAAAGUUUGUGUUUAUGGAUGGGUUCAAUCUUCGCCAUAAAGUUUGUGUUUAUGG